UUUUUCACAUAAUAGAUAUCUUACAAAAAUUACAACACAUCAAUUAUGUCUUAUGGAUGAUAGUGAUGUAGAGAAUUUUGAUUGGAAUUUGCUUGAAAGCGCACUUCUUCAUGAUUUUGAAGUUAAAAAGAGCCAAGAACAAAAGGAAAACUUCGAACUCUAUAAAGGAUUUGAUCUACCUCUUUUAAUGCCAAGUUUACAAAGCUCUUAUACUGCUGAAUGUUCCAAUAAACCACCUUUAUAUCCAUUGGUUGUUGAAUCA